AUGAAGAACAGUGAAGCUAGACCUGUUGGAACAGCACCAUUACCGGAGGCUAAUGAGGUUGAAAGGAAAGAUCCCAACGAGUGCAAUUAUGUCCAAAAUGACAAGAGAUCACAUGGCAAAGGCCGAGGUGGAUACAAGGGGCAUGGCCGUGACAAUUACUCGAACAGCCGAGACAACUACUCGACCGACCGGAAAGGAAACCACAAUAACCGUGGUCGUGGUUCCAAUUAUGGUCGUGGCCGAGGUAGUUAUGGCCGUGGUCGAUGCGGCAUAUCCAAACCGUCUUACUCGACCAAAUCCGUUUGUCACAGAUGUGGAAUGGGAAACCAUUGGGCCAAUAACUGUAGAACCCCUAAGCACUUAUGUGAGCUCUACCAAGAAAGUCUUAAGAACAAGAACCCUGAGGCUUACAUGGUUCACGAUUCCAGAUAUGAGGCCAAUAAUGAUUCCGACAUUGCUAAAAAUGACCAGAUGGACUUUGAGACUUCUGAUUAUCAGUAUGAUGAGAGGCAAGAACCGUGGUGA